AUGGUUUGCAUCAUUUGGCGCAUCUCUGCAUCGCAAUCCCCGAGAUUAUCGGACGAGGCGCCGUCGCUACCGUCGUCUUUUCUUGAAGACGACCUUGCAGCCUACGCCGUAACUGACUCCAACCCCGACUGCAGAGGAAAGGGACAGGGCGCAGUCCAUACUCUGCUCGUCGUGCCUUUUCGACGCCUCGUCCUCGGCCAGCUUGCCUGUCCUCUUCUUUGGCUCCCAGUUGGUGAGGCAGCGAGUCGCGGUUCUAGAGAUAUGUACGCCGUCUUGCUUCGGUGCCUUCACGACUUAGAUGCUCUGCCUCCUGCAAGUGAUGAUGGGAAAUAG